ACAGGCAUUAUGUUGAGAUGACUAGUGGUGAAUGUGUUAGAGAAAAUGGAGAUACAAUCUAAAAUUAUAGUCUCAAGUUCUAUUUUGUCAAACUCUUUACUAAACAUAGAACCAGCUGUAAUUAUUAACUGGAGCUACAUUUCACUGCUGCUGCUACUAAUAUCACCAUGAGUGGCUCUGCAAACUACAAGUGCUACUCUCCCAUCGCCAAUGGUGGUGGCAGUGGGGCCAACAGCAACUGCAGCAGUAAUAGGAACAGUGCGUCACAGCAGGAGCACAGGCGCACACGCAGCAAUACAAGCAACAACAGCAAUUUCUCUGUCACUGAUCAGGAGUUGCGCACAAGGCUUAUAUUCAGUAGGGCCAUGUCAUCUCAAGAUAGCAGUCGUGAGGCUCUAGACAACAGGGACAGAGACCUCAACAGUGGUGAGACGGUCUUCCAAGCUGAGAGUGAAAGUUGCGCUGCACCACUCUUACCUGCACCUAUGCCUAGCAACAGUAUUGUGUCGUCGACAGCACCUCGUUCCCUUGCUAUUGCACCUCCUGUAUCAGCAGCAUCAGUUGCUACAGCUGCGGCUCAAACUGAAGCAGCAACUUCCUUUUCACCCUCAUCUUCAUCACGGAUGCUUCCGACACCACAAGGCAGCAGCCUGUGUCGGUCCCCGGAAGAGACACCAGAUCUAGUGGACCUUGCAAAUUGGCUUGAUGAUACAGACUCAGGUCAUCCCUUCACACGAGCUGCACUCUGUGGUGAUGCUGCAACAAUCAAGGAGAUGUGCAGCAAACACACAUUUGAUCCCAAUGGAAAGAAGGCGCAUCAUGCUCUCCUUGCUGCUUGUCGAUCAGGUCACAUUGAGGUGGCACGUGUUCUGCUGGAUGCUGGCGUGGACGUUCACUGCAAGGAUGCCAAGUCAGGAUGGCAGGCCAUUCAUUAUGCUGCCUACAAAGACAGAGUCAAGGUGGUGGAGCUGCUGCUGGGGUACGGCGAGUGGGGCGCUCGGUGCGUGGCGCUGGUGCGCGUGCGAGGCGUGACGUGCUCGCUGUUGCAUCUCGCUGCGCACUACGGCUGCUGCGCGGUGCUUGCCUUCCUGCUCAGCAACAACGCAAACUUGGUUAAACUCAACCUGGCAAUCGACAUGCGUGACGCAGGCCACUGGACGAGCCUGCACCACGCGGUGUGCGAGAGCCGUGUACGGGCAUGCGAGGUGCUGCUGCAGGCGGGGGCCGACGUCAACAUCACGGACCCGCACGGCGUCACCGCCCUCCACGUCGCCGCCAAGAAGGACAACCUCGGCCUCUUCAGGCUCCUCAUGGAGCACAAGGCUAACCCUAAGCUUAACGUCAUCAAUGCCGGCACUACGCCAUCCCGCCGACCUUUGCGGCAUUCCGCUGACCAAAUCUGGACAUCCAGAGUAGCAGGCAGCGCCGGGUCAGCGUACACGGGUUCUUUAGAGCGCCUCAUUCCAUCCAACCGCCGCCGCCGGUGCUGGAGUCCCUUGAUCCAGAAGCCUGACUUGAGAGAGCUGCCUGCGGCCAAAGCUCACUGCCUCAAUAUGAGGCGUUGCAGUGGUUCAGAGCUGACACAACCUGUCGCGUUUGUCCGUGACAUCAGCCGUGAUAAAAAGAUUUCAACGCUGGGCAAUAAAUCGACGUCUAGGCCUGGCUCUGAGAAGAAACUCCCGCCUCUGCAGGGUCCCGUUGGUCCUGGACGUCAGGCAUUACUGAAAAGCUCAAGUUUCAGACAAGCUUCAAAGGUGAAAAAGGAACGCAGUAUGAAAGAAUCUGACUUCAUCUCAUGGAAAGGCCUCAAAGCUGACCGAUUUUCUGCCUGGUCUGAAGCUUGUGACAAGUAUCGUGUCGGUAAAAGUACUGCUUCAAACGAUGCUGUCGGGUCGAUCAUUAGACCUUUGACUUCCACUGCGACGCUUGGACUUACAACAUCUGCUUCUGACACGACUUUGAGCACCACGCUGACCGGUACAGAGGACGACCCAGCCAUCUCUCAAAAAUCUUCUUCAAAGAAACGGAAAACUCGUUUGCAAAAUCAGCCAGACCAAGUGAAGCGAUCUGCUGAUCACGGACUUCCGUAUUUCAAACGCGUGUCUGGUAAUAAAUCGUUGCCUGGCAGCCCAAUACUCCUGCGAGGAAGCCAGCAUUCGAUAUCAGUGAGGUCUUCUCCUCAGCGAUUGCUGUCUGACCCCCACAACAGCUCACCGCCCCCCUCCCUCGCUAGCCAUAAGUACCCCGAGUCUCUUCCUUGUUCGUUCAUAAGGACCAGACCGAAGUUCUCGCUGUCAGGAUCCCCUCCCAACUCUCCUCGCGGUUCACCUCCCGUGUCCCCCUUUGCGUCUCACGUUCCCCCAACUCCAACCUCAACGCUUGGGGACCUGGGAUUGUUCAACGACUCUUUAUGCACAGAUUACCCCUUGUCGCCACACUCGUCCCCGGACGUAUUCUGCCAAGAGCGCGUGUUCGAGAGGGUCGAGCCUUUCAUCAAGUUCCUUGAGGGCUCCACGCUCCUGCACUGGGCCGCGUCCCGGGGACACCAUGACAUCGUCGGCGACCUCCUCGCGCGUGGCCUCAAGGUUGAUGCCCGGGACUCGCUCGGCCGCACUCCUCUGGGCGUGACCAUGUGGGCGGGACACAGCAACAUAGUCGCUCUGCUGCAACAUGAGAAGCUCCAGCUCACUGAUGAGGACAAAAACUGGGCGCACAUUCCCAGUGAAGAAGUGGGCCUGUGCAUCGUGAAGUGCAUCAAAGAUACGGGCGUUUGUGAACUCACUGCCUGCCGCCCUGACGGCUUCUCGCUGCUGCACCUUGCCGCUCAGAAGGGCUACCCUAACAUGACGCAUGCACUUGUUUCUCUCAAGGUGAACCCGGACAUACCCAACAACCAGGGCGAGACGCCCCUCUUCAUCGCGAUCAAGAACAACCAGCUUGCAUGCGUACAGCAGCUCCUGAACGCCGGCACGAAACUCAGCCGCACCGACAACAGGGGCGGCUCGGCUCUGCACGUCGCGGCUAAGAUGGGCAACGUGACCGUGGUGGACAUGCUGCUCACCUCAAGCGAGAGUGGAGAACGUAUUAUUGAUAUCAACAAGUGCGAUAACAUCGGCUAUACUCCUGUGUAUUAUGCCAUCAAUGCCAGCAGAUAUGACAUCGUGCAGCGGUUCCUUGAGUACAGUCUGGUGGAGAAAGUUCACGUGAAGGCAACCAACCACGAGACGCUCCUGCAGUUCUUCACAGAGAGAAACAACCUGGGUCAGUUUGACAAUGCUCUGGUGCGAGUGUUGGAGUGCGAGCAGCUGCUGCACGCCACCAAGGCCAGCGCUGAGAUGUGCCUACGAGUGCAACUCGGCACCACAGAGGCCUCCACGAAGGCCAGGAGCCAGCUGCAGGCCAUGUACGAGUCAACGCCCGCCCAGCAGCACUGUUGGAACUUCUGGUUCUUUCUAUCGUGUUUCCUGGUGCCCUCCGUAUUUUAUUACCUCGACGUCUACACAGACAUCCUCCUGGCAGUCGAAUACUACAAGGACUUCAAGAAUGCAAAUUCCACCGAAAUAUCCGAAGAUCAAAGUUUGAUGCACAUGUUUGAAAAUUUUGUGGAGAACCAAGACAAGACGAACUUCGUGCUGACGGUGUUCUUCAUCUUACUGCCGACGACGCUGCUGUCGCUGUGGUCGCUCUACAUCCACGUCACUCAGGCUGACAUCUUGCCCAUCUUCAAGAAUAUGCCUUCCGUACUCAGGCUCUUGUUGUACGUGCUGGUGUUUCUCACGCCGCUUGCGCCCAUCAUCGUUUACCUGGAGAACACCUACGCGCAGAUGAAGCACAUGAACGUCACCUCCAGGCAGAUGCAGGAGCAGGUGGACGGGAGCAAGUCGUUCAACAACUUGCCUGGGCAGCAGAACAACUCGAGCAACACCAACAACACCAGAGCUGAGAGCAACACAGCUGGUACCACCAAGACCUACCGCCACCACACCAGGGACCAGAAGAUCAGGAAGUACUACGAUCUGAAGCACGUAGCUCAGAUGAGGGUUGCCAUCACCAACGUCAUGGAGGCUACCUUGGAGUCCGCCUUCCAGCUCAUCCUGCAGCUCUACAUCGUCGGCACUCACUACACGGACCUCGUCAAGGUGCGGGAGGUGACGUUAGGUGCCAUACUGACGCUGUCGUCGGAUGGCCAGGAGACGAGGCUGGGCAAGCAGGUGUUCUCGGUCCUCAUUUCCCUCGUGUCGCUCACCUGGUCGUUCACGUCUUACCACAGAUUUUCAAAGCUUGGUGGCCUCACAAUUCUGAGCGCGCUGCCUCUGCUAUUCGCCAUAUUUUUCCAGGUGGUGUCCCGUGCGAUCGCGUGUACCAUGUUCACGUUAGCGUACACUUGGCGUAUCUUUGUGGUGCUCGGCGUCCACUUCAUCAUCGUGCUGGGCUUCAAGCUACGCCUCGAGGAGCGCUCGCUCAUCCCUCCGCGUCCACACACCUACUGCCACUGCCUUUUUUCUACAAUCCGCCCUUAUUUCUACGUCUUCCUCGGCACCAUUGCGUCUACCCUUGUUUACUUUAGGCUUGAACGACCUUCUGUAGUCAAAAAACAACUCAGCAGACGUCAUUCUACCGUUGUUAUUCAGGUACUGUUCCUGUUGUUGUCGUUCCUGGAGAACUUCAUCCUGUUGUUUUUGGGAAUGGCUGGUCUGGACAGGAACAAAUACGACAACACCUUCAUGGCGGUGUCGGGUGCCUUGUGUGUGCUAAGUUACUUCAUAGGCAUUGUGCUUCACGGGGUUUACUACGCCUGCUUCGGCCACCCAUGGGUUGACAUCAACGGGCCCAAGUUUCAGAAAGACGAAGACGAGAAGACCUGGAUCGUCUCCUACUAUAGGCAAGGGAAGAUGAACAAGUGGACAGUACGAUCAUGCUGCGAUAUCACUCAUAAUGAGGAGGAGCCUGACGAUGAUGUCUACCGUACCCCCGAGAUGCAAAUGAAUGGUGGUAAUCCAAUACGACAGGUUAAAGACAUAUGAGGUUUGCUACGACGGUCUUCUCAAAUGUUCAUGGCCGUCGUUGGAACAUCUGAAAAUAAUGAAAUCUUGCAAGGGUUAGACAAUCCAGGCUACGCUUCGCGUCAAGGAUCCGGCACUCUUUGUCUGGAGGAUGCCCAAUCUAGUGAAUGUAGCAAUAAAAUCGUCGAUAUUUGUGCUGCAGAUCGACUUCGAUCCUUAUCUGUAGGAUCCCUACAGACGACACGUCCCGUUCCUCAGCGCCCUUUUUCAAGGUUUGCUCAUUUGUCCCCUGCCAUCAGGAGGACUUGGCAUGCCAGUCCCGUUGGCUCCGAUUUGGCCGCUGCUCAUGCCAACAAAGUUCCCGUGGCUACGAAGCCUAACGAGCAUCACAUGGGCUUUGACAAAGCCGUACUCUUCACUAAAUCCGACGAGCUUCUUGUGGAGUCAAGAGAGGAGGAGCUUGCGUCGCAAGAUGACGCGUCCAUUACAGAAACCAAUUGCAUUCCCAUGGAUGAAAUUCUCUGAUGAUUUUGGGAAGACAAACCUGAAGCAUAUCAUAGAGGAUCGAUUGGUUUUCGUGUGCUUGUAAAAUGAAUACUUUCAGGUGUAAAAGAAAGGGUGCAAAUGAACCCUUUUUACUCCAAGAGCCAGGUGUUCUUUCUAGGUUGUGGUAUGACUCACAUGCAGACUUGAAUUAUAUAAUUUUUAAGGAAGUAUUUUGAGUGAUGAAUCUCUAAAUUCGUGUAUUUCAUACAGAAAUGCACGGCUGAGUGUCGUAUAUUAGACUUGUUGAUCACCACGUACUUCUUGUUGUCAAAGCAAUAAGGUUUGAAAUUAAUGGUUGCAAAACGAACAAAAUUAUGUAUAUAGAUAAUGUUAGAUGUUGGCGGUACACCGACGCCGUUCGUCCUUAUAUUUGUGUCAUAUUUUCUAGGUUCACCUUCACUUACUUUGACGUGACACCAAUCAAUGUGUUCUAGUCAUAGUCGAUGCCAAAUGUCGGAUGAGAGGAGCGUGUUCUUUUGUGUCGUUAGUUACCUUAGCUUCCGUAGACCCUUGAAUUAAAGACAUGAGCAUGUUGUCUGUGAUGGCAUUUAUAAUGCAUGAUGUAAAGUUUUCAUGAUUUGCUCGAUCGUUGUUACUUUUAAUUUUUUAAGUUAGUCGAUUUGAUUGACAUGAGAUUAUAUUAGAUGUCUUAUUGUUUGUAUUGUCUAAUUUUUCUGUAAUGAAUCCUGAAUAAUGUGGUAGACUUUUAGCCUUCCAUAUUUAUUACUUUCUUUUCAAUUUUGAGUUUCGAUCCUAAAUCUACCACGGUUUUAUUUACUUCUCUGUUUUAUGGAUUUUAGAUCUAAAUUAAACCUCUGUUCAGAAAGGCUAAAUUUCUGAACUUAAAGCAGCUUAUGAAAAAGUAUUUGGCGGGUAAUCAUUGCGUUAACCUAUUGCAGCGUCACAGAGUGUGACUCACUAAAAUUUUCAGUCCAGAUUGCCUGAUCCAUUGAUCCCUAUGGUAUUUGGAAAGUUCCAAGGUAUUUUUCUAUCGCUAGUAAUUUAUUUUUGCAAUUGCAGCCACAUCAGAACUGCUUCAUAGACCAUGAUCUUGUUUCUCGUGUGAAAAUUCCUGUCUAACGCAAAGUCUACCUAAACAUAAUUUUAGAAUAUCUAUGUUUGCAUUUUACUCCAUUAUAUUAGUAAUGCAUUUUGGAACUAAAAAGAUUUCCAAAAAAUAGAGUUUCUUGCGCAUUUUCUCACUUUAGACUUGUCUUAGUUCGUUAAAUAGCGAGAAUAUAAGUUAUAUAAGUUUGGUUUUUGGAUCGAUGAAGAAGAACGUGUCAAAUUGAACCUUCAUAGUGCAAGUUAUAUUAGUCGGAGCUUUGAGGCCAUUCUGGUUAGCCCUUGCAAUUAGUCAGAGCUUUAAGGCCAUUCUGGUUUACCCUUGCAAUAAUCUAUCGCAUUGUAUGUAAUCUGCUUGAACAAACCCAAACAUUUUUUUUGCCUUUGCCCACGCUAUUCAUCGACCAAUGUUUUUUCUGUGCCUACACAGAGAGGAAUAGUGUCAAAAACAUUUUUCUCGGGGCCGAACCAGUUCAUUACUCAGUAUCAAACUCAGAAUACAGGCUGGACAAGAACACUUAGAUCGUUCUAUUUUCUGCUGUUAGUCUAGCCUAUUCAACUGUUUCUUUUACACAUUGUGUAUGUGCUGGGCUUUCGUAAUUUUGCUAAAGGCGGGCGUGUGAUUUCGAAGUUGAAAUUAGCCUUGGGAUACUGUAGUAUGGGAUUAACUUUACAAUUUGUAGUCGGAAGGUUGAAUCUUGUUAUAAGUUCGGCUUUGUGACAUGCAAGUCAUCUACCUCGAAUUCACUGGUCGAUAUUUUAAGCUGCAGUAUUCUAUUCAUCGAGCAAGGAGUUAUAGUAAGCGUAUUUUGUCUUUAAUAAAAUUCUUUGCGGAGUCUUGGUAGCCUCUUCUCUGUCUUAGGUCUAGUGAAUAUUGAAAUUAAUGCUUCGAUUUCUCACGGUCUGCUCUACAGGAGUAUCGGUUUUUCACCCACUUAUCUUUUUUUGUUCGGGAAGAAGGCAUCUUCGAUUUUGGAAUUUUCAAGUUCGUGGACGUGGCUUUUCUCCUAGCUUAGUACCUGAUGACUUCCCAGUUUAUGUUUGUGGGAAAAUUUCACCGAUAAUCAUUACUCUGUGACAAAACAGUUGAUUUUUGAAAGCAUUAGAGCUCGUCUCAAGAGGUCAACCUACAGACACAAUAUUUAAGUGGCAAACUGGAACCUUCUUCACUUGGUAUUAUAAAAAUGGUACAUGCCUGUCUAAGCAAAGGGGACCAGACGUAUAACCUUAGCUAAGCAUUAGCUUUUAGUCGAGUUCUCUCGAAGUUCAUGUGGUAAGGCAGAUUUUUUUAUCUAAGUGAUAGAAGCAAAGCUUAACAACUGUUCUGCCAUGGAAGAAUUUUAAUAUUCUGCUAAAAAUUAAAAAAAAAACAUCUAAUUUCUUUAGAGUAACUUCAAGAGUAUGAUAUCUUCCGUGUUAUCAGCCAAGAAAAGUGUAUACCGUUGGGGAGAAGUUUUUCCGUUUAGCAAAUGUAACUUUACCAAAAGAAGUUCAGUCGUUGGCAGGCUACAGUGAUGUGUUGAUUGUAACGUUACCAGAGUUAACUCGAACAUUUGGCAUCACUCACAAACACUAGUUGAUUACUUAUAAAUAUACGUAGAAUUAAUUGCGUGCGCUGCAAGUGUGUACAUCAUAUAUUAUAUUUUGGAGUUCAGGAACUUGCUUCUGAUUGUUGGCCAGUUGAUAGCUACACCAGCAAUAAUCAAUGUUACUUUUAGUCCAAAUAUUUCAAUACUCAUAUUUUCGAACCAAAUGUCACAAACUUUGACGUUUGCAUCACCGAUGUAGAAUUCACUAUUGAGUGUCAGCGCCUUCAUGAUGCGCGUUCAUAUAAUUAUGUGUAUCGAUAUGACUGGUUAUUAUUCUUAAUGUGUUCUAGAUGUCGGUAGUUAGUUCGCAAGUCGAAUUUAUCUUUAUUAAUUAACUCGAAGCUUUGAUCCCGGAGCAUCUUGUGAGUAUUGCCAUUGAGCUCCCGGUAUCUACGAAAUGAACAUGUAAAUAAAUGCUCAGUGUUUCAUGAGCUCUUGCUCAUGUCGAUCUCAACAAAAGCAUAUCAGUUAGAAAGGCUGCGUAUUAUCCUAAGCCAUGCGGCAAUCAUGCUAAUCAUUGAGGACAAAGUCACUUAGUGCUUUCGGUGUCACUUUGUGCUUAACGUGCUAACCUGCUGUAAGCGUCAGGAUGAAUAGCGGAGUUUAGGCCUCGUAUCUUUUUGUUUCAAUUUAAAAUAUAAAUUAAAAAUUGAAUCCUUCAAAUGUGCUGCGACCGAAAAUAAAUUCGAUUUUCAUUUCAGCUAGGGGUAUUUUUUGGCUGAAUCAAUUACGCUGGUGAGAUUAACUGAAAUUCUCAUGUAUUUUUUUUUU